UCCGGGCAGCCGCCGGAGGCCCAGGAACACGGCCCGCAGGCUGCAGCGAGCGGCCAGCGGACCGAUCGGACGGGGUGUCUGGGAUGCGGGGUCCGGGACCUGUGGCUGCUGGCCUCGGGGACUCAACACUUCAGCCGGUUGCUGGGGGAGGCCUCCGCCGGGUUCUCCCCUCGGGGCCGACCCCAGAUUUCGGUCGCAGCCUCUAGACGGUUUCCGAGUGGGGUGGGGGGCGCUGCACAGCCACGUGCUGGCUGGUUCCCCCCCAACCCCGCUCAUCGGAAAAAAGGGGGUGCCUUCCGUUACCCUACACUUUAAGCCCCGAGGGGUUCACUCUCAAGCGUCUGUAAGUUUACCACCCGGUACCUGUCCUGUUUCUCGCGUUCCGAAUGUGGGUGAAGGAGAGACAAGACCCCCCCGAGAGGCCUUCCUCGGUGGCUCCCAGAUGAAAGAAAGGCAGGAUCAAGGUGAGAAGGAGAACCCCAUGCGGGAACUUCGCAUCCGCAAGCUCUGCCUCAACAUCUGCGUUGGGGAGAGCGGAGACAGGCUGACCCGGGCAGCCAAGGUGCUGGAGCAGCUCACGGGCCAGACCCCAGUGUUCUCCAAAGCUAGAUACACUGUCAGAUCCUUCGGCAUCAGGAGAAAUGAAAAGAUUGCCGUCCACUGCACCGUCCGUGGGGCCAAGGCAGAAGAAAUCCUGGAGAAAGGUCUAAAGGUGCGAGAGUACGAGUUAAGAAAAAAUAACUUCUCAGAUACUGGAAACUUUGGCUUUGGGAUCCAAGAACACAUUGACCUGGGGAUCAAGUAUGACCCGAGCAUCGGGAUCUACGGCCUGGACUUCUACGUGGUGCUGGGUAGGCCAGGUUUCAGCAUCGCAGACAAGAAGCGCAGGACAGGCUGCAUUGGGGCCAAACACAGAAUCAGCAAAGAGGAGGCCAUGCGCUGGUUCCAGCAGAAGUAUGAUGGGAUCAUCCUUCCUGGCAAAUAAAUUCCCGUUUCUAUCCAAAAGGCCAAUAAAACAUUGUCAAUGAAAUGUA